AUGAGUCACCUAAGCCCUGUCCCCCACAGCCCUUCUCCAGACCCCACUCAGCCCUAUCCCACCCAAAAUCCCCCAAAAUCCCAACCUAAAAAUCCCAAACACCACAACACGUACAUGAGAGAUCUCAAGAACAGAUACAAACAGAUUUAUGCAAAGUUAUGCUUCGAUUCCGCAGUCAGAGUCAGGUUGGCUAAUAGGUCGGCGAAAAGGUUCAGACCCAUGAAAGGACUGGAUAGCCAGAAGGGAAAAGGGAAAGAGAAAGGUACUAGAGGGAUAGAGAUAGAUAAGGAUAUUAAGCAAUCCCAGACUCAGAUAUAAAUCUUAAGGUCUCAGAUGAUGUUGUACUUGAGGAAAAUAUUACGCCUAAUAUGUUCAAUGUUGAGCCAACCAAGAAGAAAACUUCUCAAAGAAGACCAAAAAGUUCAUAUAAGCCUGUAAAAAGAGUCAAACAUUUUGCUAAUGAUGGGAAUCUUAAGGAUUCAGCAAAGGUGUAUUCCCAGAUUCAUGAGAAUUUUCAGAAUGAAAGAAGGCUCUACUCAAAAUCUAGGGCUGAUAAGAUCGUUAAGGAUUAUAACCUAAGGAGCAAUCAGAACAUCACCGAGUUGAGGAGUAAGCCAUCCAAUAGGAGCCAGAUCACAGGAAGUGCCAAGCCAAAACGGCCUUUCACUGCAAAAACUCGUGUUGGAAGAAAUAAAAGGAGAUCCCAGAUCAUUGAGGAUAUCAAAAGCUAUAAACCAGUCCUUAAGGGAGGAAGGAGCAGCAGCAAGAAAUAUUUUAGGUCUGAUCAUGUGGUUUCAACCUAUAUACCUAAUCCAAAGAAACAGAAGAAGAUUGCAAAGAGAUUACUCAAAGCUCGCCAAUAUAAACAUUACAGCAGUGAUGUUCUGACAGAUCAUCUUGGAUGCGUAAAAUCGAAAGUUACUAAGAAGACAAGUUCACAGAAAAGCCUGAGCCCACAGAAAUCAUAUCAACGUAGAAGAAAGAAUAUCAUGAAAAGGCUUAGUGAGGAUUCUCAAUGAAAUUUCUGGCCAACCCAAAUGAAAGUCCCCGAAAUGUACAAGUCAUUCUAUUGGUCUCCUGAUUACAGUUAUUGAGGGUUUGCGACAGAUGGUAAUAUUCGGAAGACAGCACAAAAAUGGCAUAAAGCUCCUAACCUGUCAUUUAACAAACGACUGAAGGACUCAAAGAACAUGAAGGCCAUUAAGAAUAUUUCCUGAAUUCCAGUGAUUGCUGAAGAACUGAAGUAGAUGUAUUUCAAUAUCAUUAAAUAUUUA